AUUACUGGAAAUCAUUUAAAACUCAUCAUGCUUUAUCCAUAAUAUUGAAUAAUUUAGGUGAUUAUGAGUUUUUGGUUGGUUUAAAUACAUUGUUUGAUGAUUUUUCUUCUUUUACAUCUACAGAUCUUUGCAAUUUGGAGAAAAUUUGUGAUGGGAGAAAUAAAAAACGUGAGCAGACAGUAAAAAAGGUACAACAAAAUAAUGCAUCUAAAUGGCAAAGAAUAAAUCAAAUGGAGAAAACUCUUACUGGGUUUGAUUUUGAACAAGAUCUUAUCCCAUAUGGUGUGAAGUUGCAGAAACAAUUAGAAGCUCACCAGUUUCACCCUUCAUUUGCAGAACAUAUUUACAAUUUUGAUGCCAUCAUAAAAUGUUGUUGUUGCCAGUCUUUCCCUAAAUAUUCAGCAGAAGGAUUAUGCAAGAUAUGUUAUUUUUAUUAUAUUCAUAAUCUUCAUGAUCAAUUUUCUAAUAAAAAUUUUACCAUAACAAAGACUACACCAUUGAUCAAUACUCCACCUAUACUCUCAGCAUUACAAAUAUUUUUUGGACAUAAUGAAUUUCAUGAAGGACAACAGUCAUCAAUUGAAUCAUUUAUUGAAAACAAAAAUACAUUAGUAACAAUGCCAACAGGUGGAGGAAAGACUGCUUGUUAUUCAAUAGCAUCAUUGAUGAAAAAAGGGCUUACCUUAGUUUUCAGUCCAUUAAAAGCUCUUAUAGAGGACCAA